GCGUGCGCGUGCGAGCGAGUGCGUGCGCGUGAACGUGCAGUAGGAGGAUCUGUCUCGGAGAUCCACACCCGCGAAUCGGACGGAGCAUCAUUGAGUGGACUACAGGAGAUUGUGGAUCUUGUAAAAGGAAGACAUGAUAUGAAAUAUCAGUCUAGACCGUGGGAUUUUUUUGGUGGGGGGGGCUUCAUGUGUGGAGAAGGAGCGGGAAUGGAGCGUCGAGGCAGCGCGUGAGAGCUGAUAUCAUUUAUGCUAUUUUAACAGGCAGUCGGGGCAAUUGAGCCAUUAGGAUGGCAUGUUAUCAUUUUCUCUGAUGAAUACAAGUCCGUGCUAAUUUAUUUUCAUUGGAGAUAUGAGCUUGAAUUUGUACGUAAUGUUUUAUUCAUGAAAAGAAAAUCUAUGGUGACACAGCUAGUAGCUAGAAAUAUUUUCUCUUUGUCUUAAAAAUUAUUGUCAUUGUGUGACUGGUUAAAAAAAAAAAAAACACCAGCCAUGUCAAAGAAUAAGAGCAGUGAGUCUGUUAAGGUGCUUGUUCGAUGCCGACCUUUGAACCGAAAAGAGGAGUCCAAUGGCCCUUCAGGGGGCAUUGUGCAGAUGGACCUGCGACUGGGACAGGUGAUCCUCAGGAAUCCUCGAGCUUCACACAGUGAACCCCAAAAAACAUUUACAUUCGAUGCUGUUUACGAUGCCAAUUCCAAACAACGAGAUCUAUACGAUGAGAGUGUUCGGCCACUCAUCGAUUCUGUGCUAGCCGGAUUCAAUGGUACAAUUUUUGCUUAUGGACAGACCGGUACCGGGAAGACGUACACCAUGCAGGGGAUGUGGUUGGACCCUGAGAAACGUGGUGUGAUACCCAACGCCUUUGACCACAUCUUUACGCACAUCUCACGCUCGCAGUCUGAUAAGCAGUACCUUGUCCGGGCAUCAUACCUCGAGAUUUAUCGUGAGGAGAUACGGGAUCUCCUUGAUCCCAAUCAUGCUAACGCCCGGGGACUGGAGCUCAGAGAGAGUCCAGAUACUGGAGUCUAUGUCCCGGACCUCACAUCUUGUGUCUGCAAGAGCAUCAAGGAGAUCGAGGAGGUGAUGAACAUGGGAAACCAAGCAAGGGCCGUAGCGGCUACAGACAUGAACGAAUAUUCGUCCAGGUCUCAUGCCUUGUUCCUGAUCACUGUGGAGUGUGGCCAGCCAGGUCCAGAUGGGAGGAAGCACAUCCGAGUUGGCCGCCUCAACCUGGUGGAUCUGGCCGGCAGUGAGCGGCAGGCCAAGACAGGCGUACAGGGGGAACGCCUGAAGGAGGCGGCUAAGAUAAAUCUUUCUCUUUCCGCACUAGGGAACGUGAUAUCUGCGCUAGCGGACGGGCGCAGCGGCCACGUGCCGUACCGGGACUCAAAACUGACUCGUCUUUUGCAGGACUCUCUAGGCGGGAAUGCCAAGACUGUCAUGGUCGCCACUUUAGGCCCUGCCCCCCAGCACUACGACGAAACCCUCACUACCCUUCGCUAUGCCAACCGAGCCAAGAACAUCCAGAAUCAGCCCAGAGUCAACGAGGACCCCAAAGACGCUCUCCUUCGAGAGUUUCAGAGGGAGAUCGCUCGGCUUAGGGCCCAGCUCAACCACAGGAAGUGGAGGAGCAAGCAGAAGAAGGAGCAGUUUGAUGACGAAGGCUCAGAUCAAGAUGUGGGUGAAGAUGCAGAGUGUGAGGAGGAGGAGGUGGAGAAGGAGGCAAAGGAGUAUGUGGAGCAAGAGGAGCAACGUUUGGAGAGGGAGAAGGAGGCCAUCAGAGGAGAUCGAUCCCUCUUGGCUGAUGAGAAGCAGAGGCUUCUUGGCGAGAAAGAGAGGAUGAUGGGGGAUCUUCGAAAGGAGCAGGAAGCCACAGAGCAACUGACUGCCAAGUACAAGGCAAUGGAGAGCAAGUUGCUGGUCGGCGGAAAGAACAUCAUAGAUCACACAAAUGAGCAGCAGAAGAUGCUCGAAGUGAAAAGGCAGGAGAUUGCGGAACAGUCACGCAAUGAGAGGGAGAUGCAGCAGCAGAUGUUGAUCCAGGAUGAUGAGACUCUGGAGCUGAGGGAAACGUUUACUUCUCUGCAGCAAGAGGUUGAGGCCAAAACCAAGAAGCUCAAGAAGCUGUACGCCAAGCUCCAGUGUAUCAAAGCGGAGAUCCAGGAUGUAAAUGACGAGCACGUGAGGAGCCGCCAGGAGCUAGAGCAAACGCAGAACGAACUCACGAGAGAACUCAAGUUCAAGUAUUUGAUCAUCGAGAACUUUAUCCCUCCAGAGGAGAAAAAUAAGAUCAUGAGCAGAAUGACUUUUGAUCCCGAAGAGGAUCAGUGGAAGUUCCAGCCGCUCGUUCCCGCUCAGAGUAAACCCUUACAGAUGAAGAAAAGGCCAACAUCUGCAGUGGGGUAUAAGCGACCAAUCAGCCAAUAUGCCAGGGUUGCCAUAACGAUGGGGGCUAAUAACAGGUUCAGGGCUGAGAACAUCAUGUUUCUGGAGCUGGACAUGAACCCUCCAAACACCGCCUCACUGGGUCACUUAAAAGAUGCAGAGUGGAACUUCAGCUUCUCUGUGGACAACUCUCCUACCAACCACAGAGGCAUUCACAAAUCUCGCUCUUGGUGUCAAAGCCAAAAGUCUCUCACUUCUUCCCCUUCUAAUGUUUCCCUGUCGGCAUGUAACACCGCCAUGCCUGCAUCGGCGCAGUGAAAUGUUGAAGCUUUAGCAAUGUGUGUUUUUAUUGUUAUUUAUUUUCCUGCAAAAUUUGGUGCUGGGACAUACAACAACACCUCUUUAGUAACAGAAGAAAUGGUCGCAGGAAAUUGAAGGACUUGACAGAGCUCAUUAAAAAGAAAAACUGAACCUUUGUUGCAUGUGAGCGAGCAAAGAGUGUUAUAAUAUCUGUGUGGGUGUGCGGAUGCUUGUGUCACCAAAGUGGCUUCUAUCCUGUAUUUAAUAUCAGUGUACAUAUUUCAUGUAUUUGUGUCUAUAAGGGUUACACUGAAAUGUCAUUAUGCAUUCCCUCAAAGAAGUAUUGUCCAUGUGUCCUUGUUGUUUCACAGUAGAAAAUAUUUAUGUGCCGUGUCAUUGGUCAAUUACAAAAAUUGCUAUGUGUAAUAUAAAAGAAAAUAUGCCUUAAGAUCAAAUUUUAAAAAAGUAUAACGAGUCAUGUACAUUUUCACAGGCUAAUUGAGGCUGGCAUGUGACAAAUAAUUUCUUUUGAGGUAUCUAUUUCAGUUCAAGUUAUUGUACGGAAACAGAACUAUGAACGUUGAUUUAUCGUCUCUCAAAGCAUUCAUCCGUUCAGCGCUUGUCCUCAUUAGGGUCUCGCGUGAGCUACAGUUUACCCCGCUGACUUUGGGAGAGAGGAUGGGGACAUCCCAGCCCAGUACAGGGUCAUAUAGACACACACUCACACACGCAAACCAUUCAACCCACAAGCACAAGAAGAACAUAUACUGGCCUCUUGGUGAAAGGGAAGCAAAAUGGAAUGUGCUGGCUGCAACCUACAUCGGUACUGUUAAUGCACUCUCAAUUAGUUUGCAAGAACAAUGACGUAAGCGAUAUUGUACUCCUUCAGGCAGUAUUAUUCUUUUCAGCAUAAUAGUGGCUUGACAAUAUGAGUUACAGGCAUUCAGGAAGGAAAACCUGAUAAAAUAUAUGAAAAGGAUGUUAUAUACAUAUAUCAUUAUUUACAAAAAAAUUGAAUGACAAUAACUUCAGUUUGAAAAAGAGGUCUUGUAAUUUUGCUCAAUCAGUAAAUUCCCUAAUCGGGAUUCCAGAAAAACAAAAAGACAUUACAGACAAAUAUAUACUGUACUUUGGGUAUGGUAAUGUGAUAUUUCCACCGUUUUGAGUUAUUUGCAGAUGUGUGGGGUGAUCUCAAUCGGAGCACCUCAUUGACCCACUUUUCCUCCAGAAUGAAAUGCUUAGAGGCUUCACCCAAAUGUUCACAUCUGUGUCAUUCAAUGACGGUUCCAUGCAAUUUACCUUUAGAUAAAUGGAAAUAAAAAUGUUGCUAUGGAGUGAUGUGGAAUGCAAGUGGAUUUUGCACAUAAUGCAUUAACGCUGUGCAAAUGAAUGAAAUUGCAUUUGAAAUGUAUGAGGCACUAUUACGUAAAAGUAUUAGUCAGGGUAGAUUUUCAAUGUCGUCAACUGUACAUUAAUGAAGCAUUUUACUGUCUGCUGUUCAUUUGUUCAAAUUCAUGCUUCAUUAAAAGGAAAUUAUUUACAUUAUAGCGUUGAAGGUAACGGCAGGGUGAAUGUGAUUGAGGGGAAAAAAUGAUGAUAAUGUUAAUAGUUGUCUUCGUACAUUGGCUCUGUGUACAAACCUUGUUAUACAUGUGUCAGUUAAGUCACCGUUCUCUGUCGUCCUUGUUUAACGUUGCGGGACUGUGAGAGGGCUGAGGGUGUGGAGGAGGAAGGAAGUGAUAUGCCGAUGGGGGAAAAAAUAGUGGAGGGGGGGAGGGAUGGAAGCAGUCAGCCAAAGACAAUCAGGAAGUGAGGAACGACUGUGGAGGAGGUGGAAAACGGAGCCAGUCUCCAUGGUAACCUGCCAGUGGAGGAAUGGAGAGUGGAGUAGGGGGAGUGGUCUCCUUUCUGUCAUGGUUGUAAAAUAGCAAAAACCAGUACUCCUGAGCUCAUCUGUCUUGGUUUAAAAAAAUAAUUAAAAAAAGAACUGAAUAAAACACUGACACAAGCAUUCAGCAGACCUAUAUU